GGAAGUGGCGAUCGGGGAUCAUGUGAUUUGUGCGGCGGGAGAUUCGGGAUCGGAACUGGAGGGAUCUGAAGGGAAGUUACAUUCUGGCAGAGUGUUGUCUCCAAAGGAUCCUGAAUGGCUCCGGUUAAAAUCAGCUAUGUGGUAUCCUUCUCCUCACAGGACCCCAAGUACCCAGCAGAGAACCUGUUGAGUGAGGAUGGCAUACAACCCUGGCUUGGCUGCCCCAAGGAUCACAGCAGGCAUCUGAGUGUGGAGCUGCAGCUAGAGAGAGCUUGUCCCAUUGGCUACGUUGACGUUGGGAACUACGGCUGCGCCUUUCUGCAGAUUGAGGUUGGACGUUCCUCAUGGCCCCGUGACCAGCCCUAUCUCACCUUGGUGCCCACUGUCACACUGAUGACACCAGCUGACUCAAAGCUGGACCAGAAUCGCUGUGGGGUUCGGAUGUUUAAGGAAGCAGAUUUCUCGGAGCUGACGGUGGGGCAGAAGUGGGACCGCGUGCGGCUCACCUGCAGCCAGCCCUUCUCCCCGUGCAGCCGCUUUGGGCUCUCCUUCAUCCGCCUGCGCACACCACAGGAGCCGGAGCCUGACCUCCCCCGGCCACCCCCGGAUGCAGAGGAUGCUGAGCUCUCAGACAGACCCUGGUGCUCCAGCCCUGCCUUUCACCGGACUUUCUUUCCUGAACCAUGCUUGAGAUCCAGGGAGGAGGAGCAGCUGAGGAGCCGCCUGUGGAAGCUGGAAGGGGCUGCCUGGAGCCCGGCCCACCUCAGCCGCUCUGCCCAGAUGGUGCUGUCGGCAGCGCGGAACCAGGAGCUGAGGCCCAGAGCUGGCACCAGCACCCUGGGGAGUCACCCGGAGCUGCCGGCCCAGGAUGCGGGAGGCGCCGCAGUGCCGGGCUCUGCACUGGAUGUCCCUGCAGACCCCCCGAGCACCUGCAGGCAGCUGGACAGGCACUGUGCUCCCAGUCCUGUUAGCAGGGCUCCAGCUGCCACCUCAAGGACACCCAGGGUGAAAAGAAGAGCCCGAGCCUGUGGCCCCCGAGAGAGACACGGCAGGAGGAAGGACAAGGGACAGGCCAGGAGUGACAGGGAGACAGGUGUCUGCCCCAUCUGCUCAGGCUGUUUCCCACUGGAUCUGCUCCCUGCACACGCCUCCCAGUGUGGAGAAGACCCCACCACAGCCUGGCCUUUCCUGUCCCCUGAUGCCUGGGUGUCCUGCCCCAUUUGCCAGCUGCCCUUUGGUGUGGCAGAGGUGGAGCAGCAUGCCAGCAACUGUGGGGAGACAGCAGGGGCCCUGUCCUCCCCCCAGUGCCUGCAGUAGGACAGCAGAGCUGGGGACAAACCCUGUGUCACCACCCCUGGGGGGUGAAGCUGCAGUACUCCAAGGGGCAGAGACACUGCAGCCCGGACAUUUGUGGCAAGGCUGGUGUGAGGAUGGAGAAGGUGCUUCCACCCCCAUGGCCAGGUUUGCUGGGGUUUGAAACUGUAAUGGCAGGAGUUGCUACUGGAGAAGAAUAAAUUAAAGGAGGAAAAUAGAAGAAAGAUGUAUAUCUGGACUGACUGCAUGGUGCUACGGCAGGUUCCCUGGAUGAGCAUCCUGCCCAGGGACACCCUGUGUAGUUCAUGGAUAUGGUGAUAGGACAAGGAGGAGGUCAUGCUUUUCCUCCCCUCAAGCCCUGAUGGGGGUGAAGUAGAGACUCUCCAGGGAUGGCUUCCUCUGGGGCAGCCGCUGGGACAGCGGUGACUCUUCACUGUCUGAUGGCACCACUGAGACUUCCAGCUGAGAGCUGGUGGCCUUCCUGCAGAGACAGGAGAUGAGGGUAGCACCAGCAGGCUUGCCAGGCCAACAGCAACAGUGCAUUUUUGGGGUGCUGGAAGCAGAUUGAUCUGGUACCUGUGAUGCCGUUUAGGUUUUGCCUUUUUUUUUUUUUUUCUUUUAUAUGUUCUCUGUAUUCUUCACACAUAUAUUUGUAGCUCUGUCGUCUAUUAUAUUAGUGUCUAGUUUUCCCAGUACUUUUCCGUGGCCUUUCCUUAAGCAGAAAAACAAAACAAAUUCUGGAGCUCCAAGCCCUGAGAGGUACAAGGCUCUGUGUUAUCUUGGUUCUUCCUGGGAACCAAGGCCGAGAGCAACUCUUGGAGAUACAUUCUCAUGGACAAUGAAGGGGGGGCUCCAGGGGAGGGGCUUGACCCGGGUGGGGGAAUUGCAUCACCACUUAUCCUCCUAAUUGGUGCCUUUUCUCCAUUAUGCUAAUUUCCUAAAACCUAUAAACUGUACUCACCCCUGUGGGGGGGGGUGGGCUUUUGUGGACAUCUUUCCAUAACUGCCUCUGGAGGCCUUCAGAAAAGAUCCCCUUUUAUAUUACCUCCUCACUAAAAUUAUCUCGAGUUUCAUUUCCUGCUUGGGAAAAAGGCAGCAGUUAUCCAGGCAGGAUGGGAGAAUCUGUUGUCCUUCCUCUGUACCCAGAACAUCCAGCAAGGAAUUCUUUCCUGCCGGCAAUCUUGAGAAGUCUGGGCAGUAGGCUGAGGCUGAGACACCAUCCCGCAGGAGGUAAUACAAAAGUAGCUCUUUUUGUUGUGUAGCAUGUAGUCUGUAUCUCUGUGUGUCUUGUGUAUCUGUGUAAGGUCAGUAAUUGCUAGCAAUCCCGAGACAACCCCGCAUGAUGGGGGGGGAAUUUUCUUUUGGAGUGGUUUCUCAGAGUUUCCUUCUUUCUUUGCUUUUCCAACCUGCCCCAGAUUGGCUGGAUGUCUGUGAGUGUGUGUGUGUAUGUGUUUGCCACUGGCUGUGAUUGCUCAUUGGUGGAGAAAAGCAAAUUACAAUGGAAAAGUUUCUUGCUUAGUAUGUGGAGGUUUUGAAUCGAGAAUUGGCCUGGGGACGCCUGGUCCUGGAGCAGCCGGGGGAGGCCUGGCACACUCCUUGGUGGGAGGAGGGGGAGAGAUCCCUGCUUCCUGCAGGUUGGUGGGAAGAGGAGAAGAGAUCCUUACUUCCUACUGGUUUUGUGGAGGGGCUGAGAAAAGCUGAGCUUGUGGCAUUGCAAGGGAGGAGGGAAGCGUGCCCACCUCCUUUGUUCCAUCUGUGGAAGGUAUUUUCCAAGAUUUUAGGGCAGGGGCAGCACCCAGACUCCUGGGAGGGCUCAGGAAGCGGGGAGGUCUCAUCCCCUGUGACGGACGGGGGGGACCAGCUACUCUGAGAGGAGUCGAGGUGACUCCUGACAAUGCCCUGGCACUGGAGGGACACCACGGUGUAUUCCCAGUCUGCCAUGAGAACCAUCAGAGAGGGUGUCAGUCCAAAUCCAGUAUCACCCCACCAUCUGUGAGGGCCUGUGACAACCACAUCACCUUCCCCUUCCACAGGCUGCUUCCUGCUGGAUCUGCUCCCUUGCACACACCUCCCAGUGUGGAAAAGACUCCACCACAGCCUGGCCUUUCCUGUCCCCUGAUGCCUGGGUGUCCUGCCCCAUUUGCCAGCUGCCCUUUGGCGUGGCAGAGGUGGAGCAGCAUGCCAGCAACUGUGGGGAGACAGCAGGGGCCCUGUCCUCCCCCCAGUGCCUGCAGUAGGACAGCAGAGCUGGGGACAAACCCUGUGUCACCACCCCUGGGGGGUGAAGCUGCAGUACUCCAAGGGGCAGAGACACUGCAGCCCGGACAUUUGUGGCAAGGCUGGUGUGAGGAUGGAGAAGGUGCUUCCACCCCCAUGGCCAGGUUUGCUGGGGUUUGAAACUGUAAUGGCAGGAGUUGCUACUGGAGAAGAAUAAAUUAAAGGAGGAAAAUAGAAGAAAGAUGUAUAUCUGGACUGACUGCAUGGUGCUACGGCAGGCUCCCUGGAUGAACAUCCUGCCUAGGGACACCCUGUGUAGUUCAUGGAUAUGGUGACAGGACAAGGAGGAGGUCAUGCUUUUCCUCCCCUCAAGCCCUGAUAAGGGUUCCAGCACAUGUGGACUGCAGGAGGAGGAAGCCAGGAGCCCCAGAGCAGGUGAAAAAUACACUUUAUUUACAAGUAGAAACAUUUAAAAUGCUGCCUCAGCUUCCCUGGGAGGAGCAGGAGGACAGGGCAGGUGGGGAGUCCCACACACAGGCAGCAGGGGUAGUGGCCCUAGGGAUGCCAGGUUUCCCCUCUGUCCCUGUAACUGGGGCUGCAGGAUAU